UUGUGCUGUUGUGUUGUUAGCGUUAGGUAUUGUUUAAACUGCAUUGAAACGAUGUAACGGCGGUCAAAGACGAACAAAUAUUUGGUUUCAUGGGAAAAUUUGGUGGAAUAAAACCAGUAAGAAUAUGACAACCGUAGCAGCUACGUGUGAAGUCCAAACGAACGAAUUACAUGACGAUUCCAGCUCUUCAGAAACGAAUAGUUUGGAUAGUAUAAAUGGAAGUCUAAACCAUACGACUAACUGUAGAAAUGAAGCGGCGUAUAUCGCAAUGGAAAAGGAAUUAGACAAAACGAAACAGGACCUUGAGAAGAAGAAUGCUGAAUGUGAGAACUUACAAUCAAUUCGAAGUAAAGUCGAGAACGAACUUGAAGAUUUAACAGCGAGUUUAUUUGAAGAAGCGAACAAGAUGGUUUAUGAAGCAAAUAUGACGAGACAUAAAGCUGAAAAGAAACUAGCUGAGGCAGAAGGAAUGAUUGAAGCGUUAAGGUUGGAAGUUGAUGCAUUGAAGUCCCUUGUACUUACUUCAACACCAAGCAACCCUAACCCAACAUCCCAUCCACAGUUGAUUAAGAAAAAGAACGCUUCACCGAUCCGAAAUCUUAAACUUCCGAAAAGUUGGAGCAAAGAUAAGUUGAUUCAACCCCAGUUGGAGGUCCCAAAGUUGGACGAGGAAAUCCAUUUAAAGGUUGAUGAUCAAGUAAAGGUUGAGGUUGACCUAACGUUACAAGCCGAGUUAUCUAUGUGGCUUGCAGCAAACUUAUCGAGUAGAGAAACAUGUGGGUGUGACACUCCAUUAUUAUAUUGUGUGGAUCAGUGUGUGGCUAUUGCACAAUCAUUGUUUCUAAAGCGAGUGUCACGUGAAGAUAUUCAACCUUGUUUGGAUUUCGACAACGUAGACCUCGCAGUGAAAGUAUCUAAGUGUAUUCAUACCAACUCGCUGUCAGUGGAAGAAAUGCCAACGUCGGAAGUUUCAAGUUCUUUCAGUGAAAUUUGAUUUCGACAUCACAAGACUAAUACAAUAGACGCAACAAAAACACAAGGAUAACAGUUGUGAUUAUUUUUAUAAAAAUUGGUAUUAUUUUAUAAACAAAAACACUUGUUUUUUCUUUUCUUGUUGUUUACAUUUACAUAAAGUGUUUGGACAGUUUGUUCUUAAAGCAGUAUAUUAAUAUGUUUGUUUGCUAUAAAGUAUUAGCAAAGUUUUUUUAUUUUCUUACCAAGAGAUUAGUAUUUCGUUAGUACUUCUGCUUUUCUGAGAUACGCAAGUUAUUUUUUGCAAAAUAUGAUGUAGCAAUCGUUCCAAUCAUAAGUGGCUGCUGGUUUGUAAUGUUAAGAACAAUGUACUUCCCAUACAGUGUUAUAUGUUUAUGUCUUCUUACACACAAGUGCCUUCAUAAUUGCCUGUUCCUUUGAGCCAUAACGCACUACUUUUUAAUGGAUAUAAUUCGGUGAGGGAAAGAUGGGACAACUUUUUAUUCCAUUUUAUUGUCCUUUUUGGUAGUAAACAAAAAAAUCAAAGAAUUAUAAAAACAUAUCCUCACGACUCCUGUAAAUCGUUGUUGAUUGUUUAAAACCUGGUCAAGAUAUUUGGAUAUUAUUCAAUAAAGUUGACCCAUCUCCCCCACCCUAUAUACUUUGGUGGACCAUCACAACUGUGUAUGCAAAACACUUUGCUCAGAAGGUUUAAAUACAAAUGACAUGCCAAUUAAAAGUGACACAUCCUGUGUAUUAGUAUGAGGUUCCAUAUCAAGCCAUGAUGGAAGAUCAUACAUACACUUGUGUUAUACAACAUAUUCUAUUGUUUCAAGAUUGUCUCAUUGUAUCAAUGUUACACCAUGUUGUUUUUGUUGUUUUGUGUGAAAUUAAAAUUACAUUAUUCUUAUUAA